GUUGGAAAACUGCUCGAGUUGUUGGGUAGCAAGGCUGCCACUCUGGAUGGUCGACUGCGCGAUGGCUCAGCAUUCUCCGGUGAUCCCGUAGAGACACUAAGCAAGACCCUAGUGGACCACGGCCACAACUAUCUUGGAAAAGAGUUGCUUUACUCAGGCGUGACUGGAGAACCCCUUGAAGCCUAUAUCUACUUUGGACCUAUUUUCUAUCAGCGCCUAAAGCAUAUGGUUGUGGACAAGCAGCUCAAGUCUUCUACGAAAGUAUCUCAUCAUAUCUUUAGCACUGUAAUUAAACUGCCCACAAUCAGUCGGAUUGACUAG